AUGUGGCGCAAGACCCGCUCCGGUCCGGAGUACUUCUUGGGCAGGGAAUGCUACGGCGUCGAUCCUAACCGCAACUGGGAGUAUAUGUGGGGAGGUUUGGGAACCAGCAGCAACCCGUGCAGCGACACCUACCGGGGUAAAACGCCAUUCAGUGAACCAGAAACCGAGAUAGUGGCCGCAUUCCUCAAGUCCCAUUCGAAUACCAUUGUUGCGUAUCUGAGUUUCCACUCCUACGGACAGUGGUUCCUCUACCCGUGGGGCUAUGAUAUUGUCGAGUUGGAAGACUGGAAAGACUUGGAUACGUUGGCCAAUGAUGCUGCUUCAAAACUGAGGGUUGUAUACGGCACUAGGUACACGGUCGGAAACUCUGCCGGUCUUCUGUACCCGGCGGCCGGCGGCUCUGACGACUACGCCAAGAGCGAGGGUAUCAAGUACGCCUACACCGUCGAACUGAGAGACGAGGGACGUUACGGAUUCGUGCUGCCCGCGAACCAAAUCGAACCGUCGGGCAUCGAGACGUACGAGGCCAUCAAGGUGUUCGGCACCUGCAUCGCUGCCAACAACUGCCCCGAAAACGUCGAGUAG